CGGAAGUAAGCAAAAAUAAAACCUGUAGCUUCGUCGCAGUUCACCGAGUAUUGUCUGUUUAUCAAAAACAAGGGAAUAUUCGAGUUGAAGAGCUUAAAAUGGGAACUACAUCAAGUCACCUUGGCAAGGAUGCGUUGUCAGAAUACCAAGAGCUGACCUUUUUGACGAAACAAGAAAUUCUUCUCGCUCAUAAUAGAUUCACAGAACUGCUGCCUAAAGAAGAUAAGGGCAUUCCAGAUGUAAGAGUACCCAUGGAGAGGAUGUUAAGUCUGCCUGAGCUGAAGGCCAACCCUUUCAAGGAAAGAAUCUGCAAGGUAUUCUCGACAUCUGAACACAAAGAUGGAAGCCUCACCUUUGAAGAUUUCCUGGAUCUUUUAAGCGCCUUCAGUGAUUCCGCCACUAUGGAAAUCAAAUCCCACUAUGCAUUUCGUAUAUUUGACUUUAAUGAUGAUGGAACCCUUGGUCACAACGAUCUGGAGAAAUUGGUUGACUGCUUGACUGGUGAGAAGGACGACACGAGACUAACUAGGGAUGAAAUGAAGCAGCUCAUAAACAACAUCCUUGAAGAAUCAGAUAUUGACAAGGAUGGGACGGUGAACCUCUCUGAGUUUCAGCAUGUCAUUUCAAGAUCUCCAGAUUUUGUCAGUUCUUUCAAGAUUGUGCUGUGAAGACUCCUACACGCCGUGGAAAUGCUCAGCUUUUUACUCUCCUAAUUAUGAUACAUGCC